ACCAAUGACGACCGCAGCUCAGUCGCAAGCGCCGGUAACGUCAAUAGUGAGCCCCAAGACUGUGAACAGUGCAAUUAAGGCUCUGUUCGAAAUUAGAAACAAAAAAUCGAAAACGGAGAAGCCACAGCUUCCAGAGGAAGACGAAUCCGUAUACCUAACCGUAUCCCUGGAUAAGAUUCCAGAGACGCAUCGUACGUGCACUUACCGAAUCGCUCUUCCGCAUCCGCUAAUCAACACUACCGAAGACUCCCCGGAGCUCUGUCUCAUCAUCCACGACAAACCUAAAUAUGGUCUCACUAGGGACGAUGUGGUGAAGAAGAUUAAAUCCGAGAACAUACCCAUCACUAAAGUUCUUACGCUAUCGAUGCUGAAAUCGGAACCGAAACGGAAGCUAUGCGAUUCCUACGAGAGGUUUUUCACUGAUCGGAGAAUGACUCCUUUGUUGCCGAGAUCGGUUGGGAAGAAUUUCUUUGGUAGUAAGAAGAUUCCUGUGGCGAUUGAUUUGAAGCGUAGGAAUUGGAAAGAGCAGAUUGAGAAAUCUUGUCGAACUGCUAUGUUCUUCAUCAGGACUGGGACUUGUAGUGUCAUCCAUGUCGGGAAGUUGUCCAUGGGAAGAGAUGAAAUCGUCGAGAAUGUGAUGGCCACUUUGAGUGGAGUAGUUGAUGUUUUGCCUGAUAAGUGGAAAUACAUUAGAUCCUUUCGUGUCAAGUUAUCUGAGAGUUUUGCAUACCCUAUUUAUCAGACUGUGCCAGCUGACUUGGACCCCAAGAUUGAUCCUUUUGCUGUUAAAGAUGCUAAGAAUGGUCAAGUAUUAGUUCAAAGUGAGAAUGUUGAUGAUACUAGUAAGAGUGUCAAGACAAAGAAGAAGAAGAAAGGGAGGAUCCAUGAUGAGGUUAGAUAUAAUGAAUCUGAGAUUCUUGGUGACGACGAAAUCCAAAUGAAUUUGGAAUAUGAGGUUGAUGGUGAUCUCAAUGGUUCUGGCGAUACAAAGAAGAGGAAGACGUCUGCAGAGAGUGAGAAACUAGUGAAGGAAUCAAAGCUAAAGAAUGUGUUCAAGGUUAAAAAGCUAGAGAAUGGUAGUGAUGAGGCUGGUGGUGGAUUGAAAGCAAAGACUAAGAAGAGUAAAAGACUAAGAAGUAUUGAUUAAGUAUUUUCUUCUUUCUGCUUGAGUGAUUUUUGGGUACUGCUUAUGAUUAUUUAUUAUUCUGAUACGUUUAGGCUUUUUGUAGUCGAUUACUACUUCAUUA